GACGACAACACGAUAUCAAAAAGCGGCCUCGCUCUUGCACCCCGAGCAUGUCUGUGACCUUUUACGGAAAAUGUGGAAAGCUUUUGCGUUACCAAAGGCUGGCGCUCUCAUGGCGCGCCUGCAACAUCGCGAAGCGCGCUGACAAGUGUGCAGGCAGGAAGUGCAGGCUCACCGGCGAUGGUUCUCCUAACUUUCACCGGUGAUGCCCAGGCACACAGCUGCUGCCGGACACGCCCGGCAGCAGCGUGCCCUGGUGCCAAGCAGCGGCAGCCCCCGGGCCCACCUGCAUCUGGAGAAGCAGCACCACUGAGUUGCCCACGCACAUCCGAGGGUGCAGAAAGCAGUACGGCAGCGCCUGCAGGGGCUGGGGCGCGGCGUGGGGCGGGACUGGCGCAGCGGGCGCAGCGCUGACGCCGGCGCCGGCGUCUGGGGCAGCGACUGGGCCUUGCUGGAGAGGGCCCCCGGGCGGUGCUGCUCGCCGCCGUGCGCUGUGCCUGCGCGUCAAACCUGUGCUGCAGCGUGGCCGCCUGCGACGACGGGGAUGGCACGAACGGCUGCUGCUGGGUUAGGGCAGCGGGCACGGCACCCGUGCCUGCGCCGGGGCCGGCCGCGGCGCUGCUUUUGGUUGCCAGGAACUCGGCCUCCAUCCACCCAUCGCCUGUUGCCCUGCUUAGCCGCCUUCCGCAAGCGCUGCUAGUAGUUCAUGUUGCUCGCGUUUCGCGUGGUCGCAUGCACGUAUGGGUGCCUGCAUGUAUGUGUUGGGCAGGGGGGCGACCCGGGUGCAGCGGUGAGAUGCUGUGCAAGGGAGAGGCAUAAGACCUGUUGGGUCACACGAAGAAAGGAGGCGCCCGGGCCUGCGCACCUGUUCCCCAGAACCGGCACUCGCUGGCCUUGGCAUCGCACACUAAGCAGUAGCACUACUGUGAUAUAUAGUAGGUGGAGCGUGCUUCAGCGCACACAGACACAUCACGCAUACGAGCAUGGAUCGAUAGGUUUGCUCCGCUCACAUUGGUGCAGAAGCGUCCGUUAGUUGUUGACGGCUGCCGCUGAGACUACUGCCCCACCGGCAGCGCCCACGAAGCAUUACUCCGCGAAGUUGUGACGUGAUUGCGCGUAGUCAAUCAUGGUGUUCUGCGUGUAGGAGAGGUGUGUGGGGGAGGGCGUGGGUUGUGAGCUGUGGCCUGUGCCACACAAAG